GCAGAACAGAUAGGAUUUGGAUAACGAAGAUAACACCCGCCAAAACCUGCAAUUGUUUGGCCAUGGCUGUUAUGUUAUCUUCUUCUUCUUAUUCACUAAUCUCCCCCAAAGUUUUUUUUAAUGUCACUAUUAGUCCCUCUAUUACCAGAAGGUAUUCUGUGUCCACGCAUUCCCUGUUCCAGUUCAGCACAAGUCCAGCUAGAUCAGUCCAGCCAAAGCUUAUUAGUUGCAUUUUCACUGGCUCGAAGCGAUCAACGGGAUGUUCAGACCAACAAAAAGUGGACACCAAAUUACAUGUAUCGGUUUUAGAGCGUGGAAUUAUGAGACUGGGGGCUACAAUUUCGGUCAUUCUUGUGAUCAUUCAACUUACAUCUCCAGUACCUUUGCCCGGAUGGGAUGUGUCAUUUCUUCCGCCUGCUGAAGCAGUCCUAUACUCGCCAGACACAAAGGUUCCGAGAACCGGAGAAUUAGCUUUAAGAAAAGCCAUCCCUGCGAACCCAAACAUGAAAAGUAUACAGAAUUCUCUCGAGGAACUGUCGUACCUACUAAGAAUUCCUCAGAGAAAGCCUUACGGAACGAUGGAGAGUAAUGUAAAGAAAGCUCUUAAGAUUGCAGUGGAUGAAAAGGAAUCUAUAUUGGCAAGUGUACCAGCUGAUCAGAAGGAAAAGGGGUUGGAAAUUUAUACAUCUCUUACCGAUGGGAAGGGGGGAUUGCAGACUCUACUAGGAUAUAUAAAGGAAAAGGAUCCAGAUAGAGUAUCAGUAGCUCUUGCAUCUUCACUGGAUUCUAUUGCUCAGCUAGAGCUGCUACAGGCUCCUGGACUAUCUUUCUUGCUCCCCGCACAAUAUACAAAUUAUCCUAGGCUCACGGGCAGAGCUGUUGUUGAAUUAGUGAUUGAAAAAGGAGAUGGCUCAAUGUUUACUCCACAAUCUGGUGGUGUGCCAAGAAAAGCUGCAACAGUCCAGGUCGUCCUGGAUGGAUAUUCUGCACCACUGACAACGGGAAAUUUUGCAAAACUGGUAAUAGACGGGGCCUAUGACGGGAUGAAGCUCAAAUGCACUGACCAAGCAAUUCUCUCGGACAGUGGGAUUGACAAGAGUAUUGGUUAUAGUGUUCCUCUUGAGAUAAUGCCAUCUGGACAGUUUGAGCCACUUUAUAAAACAACUUUAAGCAUACAGGAUGGAGAGUUGCCUGUGCUUCCAUUAUCGGUUUAUGGUGCGGUUGCUAUGGCUCAUGAUGAUGUCUCUGAGGAAUACUCGUCUCCGAAUCAGUUUUUCUUUUAUCUUUAUGAUAAGAGCUAUUCUGGCUUAGGAGGGUUAUCUUUUGACGAGGGACAAUUUUCUGUUUUUGGAUACACGACUAUUGGAAGAGAUAUUCUCCCUCAGAUAAAGACUGGCGAUGUGGUUCGUUCUGCAAAGCUUGUGGAAGGUCAAGAUAACCUCGUAUUGCCAGCUGAAAAGAUAUGAGUUCAAGUUUCAAGCUCAUUUCAUGUCAAACUGAUGAAAACUUGUGUAAAUUUGAUUUGGGUUGUACAUCUGAACAAUUGACCCAAAGAUUUUCACAUUGACUAUAGAGUUAAUGUUCCAUAUUUUGAUAUAUACGUAUCAUCCCCGGUGGUCAACAUUGAUUAUUGCUAGUUACAAUAUUUAAUAUUGAUAACAUUUUGUUUACGUAA